AUGCAGAACUCCUCAGCAAGCGGCGCCAAUAAUCAAGAGCAGCAUCUGCGCGCACAGCUCGAGCUCCUCAAGAGCCACGACGCGACAGGCUCAUCCUCGCCGACCUCUCCUGCUCCUCGUGAUACCCGGCAUCAACCUCUUCAGCCGGCUCCUGCGCGGCCGUCGAAUGGAUUCGAUCAUUCGCCCAAUCCUCAAGAUCAACCCCGAGCUAUAGCCGUCAAGAGCGAGGUCGAGUCUCACAUCCAUCCUGAGCUUCGCGCCCGAGCCAACAACGCACCUACCGCAAACAUGAUGCCCAUCGUUCCUCCAUCCGGGCAUAGUCCAGGCGCAUCUGCUGGACCAUCGACCGCUCCAAUUGCCCCCGCGCCCCCGCCUCACAUGUCGCCGGACGAUCAUGGUGAAGGUCGCAGUAAAGCCAAACGUGAACUGUCUCAGUCAAAGCGCGCAGCGCAAAACAGGGCUGCCCAGAGAGCGUUCCGACAGCGAAAGGAGGGUUAUAUCAAGAAGCUCGAGCAACAAGUACGCGAACUCAAUGAGAUGGAACAGUCUUUCAAGUCACUGCAAUCUGACAACCAUUCGCUGAGAGAAUACAUUGUUCACUUGCAAUCAAGAUUGUUUGACGUGACAGGCGAAUACCCCCCGCCUCCUCCGAAUGUUGACGUUGCUCAACCUGCACAUCAACCAUCGGCCCCGGCCCCUGCACCAGUUCCGGCGCCCGCCCCAGCGCCAGCUUCGAUUGCUUCUGCCCCUCCCGAACCUGCACCUACAAACUCCGCCGCCGGAACACCAUUGGAAGCUGUUGCGCAAGCCGUUGCGGGUCUUGCGGCCCAGGAACAGAUCGAGCGUCAACAAUACUCUACGGCGCACGAAUAA